GGCCUGGGAGGAGGAGGAGGAGGAGGCCCAAUGGUAGGCCGCAGCUGGAGCCUGGGCCCCGCCUAGGCCGCGCCCCGCCUCUGACGCGCCUCGCCCGGCCCCGGCGCCCACGCCAGGCCCAGGACUGGGAGCGGGAGGAGGAGGGCCCUCCUCGACACUCAGCCUCAGUCCGGCCCCCGAAGAAAGGAAGGAAGAAGGCAAGAAGGCAGGCAGGGAAGAAGAAGAAGGAGGAGGAGGAGGCAGAGGCACCAUGUGCGGCAUCUUUGCUUACCUGAACUACCAUGUUCCUCGGACAAGACGGGAGAUCCUGGAGACCCUUAUUAAGGGUCUGCAGAGGCUGGAGUACAGAGGCUAUGACUCUGCAGGAGUUGGAAUUGAUGCCGGUAACGAUAAAGAUUGGGAGGCCAAUGCUGGCAAAAUUACGCUCAUCAAGAAGAAGGGAAAAGUGAAGGCUUUGGAUGAAGAAGUGAACAAGCAACAAGACAUGGACCUAGACAUUGAGUUUGAUGUGCAUCUUGGCAUUGCCCAUACCCGAUGGGCUACCCAUGGCGAGCCCAACCCUGUCAACAGCCACCCUCAGCGGUCAGAUAAAAACAACGAAUUCAUUGUUAUCCACAAUGGAAUUAUCACAAACUACAAGGAUCUGAAGAAGUUCCUGGAAAGCAAAGGAUACGAAUUUGAGUCUGAGACUGAUACAGAAACCAUUGCUAAACUUGUCAAAUACAUGUAUGACAAUCGUGAAAGUGAUGAUAUCAGCUUCACCACUUUGGUAGAAAGAGUCAUCCAACAGCUAGAAGGUGCAUUUGCCCUCGUAUUCAAAAGUGUUCACUAUCCUGGUCAAGCAGUUGGUACCAGAAGGGGAAGCCCUUUGCUUAUUGGAGUGCGGAGUGAGCACAAGCUUUCGACGGACCACAUCCCAAUCCUUUACAGAACAGCCACACAACCUAUGGAUCAUUCUUUUGAUGGAAUAUCCAUAAAGCUGAAGGAAGGAAAGGACAAGAAGGGAAGUUGCAGCCUCUCCCGCGUGGACAGCACCACUUGCCUCUUUCCCGUUGAAGAGAAAGCAGUGGAAUACUACUUUGCAUCUGAUGCUAGUGCAGUUAUUGAACACACAAACAGAGUCAUUUUCCUAGAAGAUGACGAUGUGGCUGCUGUGGUGGAUGGCCGUCUUUCCAUCCAUCGCAUCAAGCGCACGGCUGCGGAUCACCCUGGGCGCGCUGUUCAGACCCUGCAGAUGGAACUCCAGCAGAUCAUGAAGGGUAACUUCAGUUCCUUCAUGCAAAAGGAAAUUUUUGAACAGCCGGAAUCUGUCGUUAACACCAUGCGAGGAAGAGUCAACUUUGAUGACUAUACUGUGAAUCUUGGGGGCUUGAAAGAUCACAUCAAGGAGAUCCAGAGAUGUCGGCGUCUCAUCCUUAUUGCUUGUGGGACUAGUUAUCAUGCUGCAGUUGCAACACGCCAGGUUCUGGAAGAGCUGACCGAGUUGCCUGUCAUGGUGGAACUUGCCAGUGACUUCUUGGACAGAAACACACCCGUCUUCAGAGAUGACGUUUGCUUUUUCAUCAGCCAGUCAGGCGAGACAGCAGACACGCUCAUGGCUCUUCGGUAUUGUAAGGAGAGAGGUGCCCUCACCGUGGGAAUCACAAAUACCGUUGGUAGCUCUAUAUCGCGGGAGACAGACUGUGGGGUGCAUAUCAAUGCAGGACCAGAGAUUGGUGUGGCCAGCACAAAGGCCUACACAAGCCAGUUCGUUUCACUCGUGAUGUUUGCCCUCAUGAUGUGUGACGACAGAAUUUCCAUGCAAGAAAGACGGAAAGAAAUAAUGCGAGGCCUCAAGUUAUUGCCAGACUUGAUCAAAGAAGUGCUGAGCAUGGACGAUGAGAUCCAGAAACUGGCUACAGAGCUUUACCACCAGAAGUCGGUCCUGAUCAUGGGCCGUGGCUAUCACUAUGCAACGUGCCUGGAAGGUGCGCUGAAAAUCAAAGAGAUCACAUAUAUGCAUUCGGAGGGGAUUCUAGCUGGUGAGCUGAAGCAUGGACCCCUUGCGCUGGUGGACAAACUGAUGCCCGUCAUCAUGAUCAUCAUGAGGGACAACACAUACGCCAAGUGCCAGAAUGCACUGCAGCAAGUGAUGGCGCGGCAGGGGCGGCCUGUCAUCAUUUGCGAUAAGGAGGAUAUCGAGACCAUCAAAAACAAUAAGCGGACAAUCAAAGUCCCCCACUCUGUGGACUGUCUUCAGGGGAUUCUGAGCGUUAUCCCAUUACAACUCCUGGCUUUCCACCUUGCAGUUCUCAGAGGAUACGACGUUGACUUUCCAAGAAAUCUGGCCAAAUCUGUUACAGUCGAGUAGAACGUUCUGUCAAUCAUGUUUUGGCAGAGGUCAGCAAGAGACUCUCUCUUUCUUUCUCCCUUUCUCUUUCGGUACUGGAAGAUGUGGAUUUUAAAAGACUUUCUCUUGAUGAAAUGCUAUUCCAUGUGUACAAGAAUCUUUAUAACUUGUCGCAUUUGUGACUGUUAAAUGUUGAAACCCAUGGGCUAUGUUGAAAGCGUUGUUAAGUGACGAUCAUUUCAAAAUAUGUGCUCUUCCUCUUUCAAAUCAUCCUUACCCCCCUCCAUCCAUGAUUGUUUUGGACGUUCCCAGGGCUAAGUCGCUUUUCCUGUGGGACAUUCAGGAAGGUAAAACAUAAAACAUUUCCAGGAGGUUGCUGAGAAACAAGGUAGCUAGAGAAACCCGAAGAACCUUGGGCUGUGUUUCAAUACAGAAAGCAGCCUUCUCCCACAGGGACCUACUUUGACUCAUGCCAGAAGGUGGGAUCCAUCUAGAAUUGGCUGGUUAAGGGGCUGUCUUGCAUAUAACCUGUACUCCUCCCAGCAAUAAAGUCUGGUGCAAUUUGUCCCAAAAAGCACCCUGGUGUAAGUCUCUUAGCUGUGACUGGCCUUUCUCACCAGCUCCAUUCUAUGUGGAUCCAUUGCACCUUGAAUGCACAAGCCCUUAGACUGAUGCCUCUCCUUCAUGCCUUUGGAAAUGCAAUUAAAAUGCCAAAACAGGGAAGUGGCCCUACUUUGACUGUCCUGCAGCGUCUAGACUGAGAUCAAGGGCCAGUUUUUGUCGCCUUUUGAUGUGGUCAGGUUGCCAUUUGUGGCGUUCGUAAUGGGGAAAUUAAACCAGGCUGCUGGCCAGACACACUGACCUCUGGCUUGCAAGGAGCCUCUCUCCCAGCCUCUUAUCGCCAUGGAGGGAUGCAGUCAGAAAAGAAAUCUGCAGCGCAGUGGUUUCAGCAGUUUUAAAAGUCAGCUGAGAAUAGCUCCAGAUUUACUUAGCAGAAAGAAAAUGUUACCUUUGAGCUCUUAUGUGGAUUUGUGAGUGGAAUGAGAGAACAGAGAUUGGGCCUAUUUGGUACAGUUAGCACCUUCAAGCCCCUUUGCAGAACCAGGAGAAGGGCAUGAAAUCUCUAUUUGCUGUGGGGCAACACUCUUCAGUUAUGGCUCCUGGUUCCCCAAAUGUAUGAAGGCAUACGCCUCAGCCUGUUUCAAGUGUGAAAGAAGAGUGGGGACUAUGCAUCUCCCUCCACUGAAUGCAUGUAAAAAUGAUGGGGAGCCCGGCUGCUGUUUUGCCUCCUCUGUGAAGUGCGAGGGUUUCUUUUCAGAGAGACAGAUAGAUGUUGGAACCAGUGCUGAGCCAAAAAGGGAGAGAGGUAAGGGCUGUCUCUUUGGAAGGGCUUUUGCCGACUGCCAAAAGCACCUUUGAUAGUGGCAUUGUGGGGCUGAGGCACACAAUGCAGUGCCAGACCGAAGGGUGGAGAAAGGUUCUGUUGAUAACAAGAGAAAUCUGUUUCCUCCCUCCACUCAUCUCUUUGCCUGUAAAGACAGCGCAUGUUGUCCAAGUGCUGGAAUCACUUAGUAGCUGAAAGAGAAAAGCUGUGAAGAAGUAAACAGGACAGGUAAUUGUAGAACGGUUGAAGUUUCCUCAAAAGUAUACCUUUUUUUGCCUUGUGAAUGAUCGGGGCAGGGAUUUGGGCAAUGCUGUAUAUAACCAUUUCUCCCUCCUGUUCGCUGAUGAGCUUGCAAGCAAUAUAUUCAACAGCUAACUUGAAUGAAUGUGUCCCAGUUUUGAAGACAGGCCUUUCUAUACAGAGCUUUCUUCUCUGAUAAGAAGUGAAAUAGUCUGUGAUCCUAUGGCUGGGUUUGGACAUUUGAAGACCGGAUGGGGCCUGACCUUGCAUGGGACUUGCACCUCAUUUCCUUUUCUCCUCCAGUUAUUUGAAGAAGCCAGGAUCUGUCUCUUUGUCCUAGCAGCAGAACCCAAGUUAGUAUUACUGUCCUCUAGCUUCGAACAGAAAAUAUUACUAGAAGUAGAACAGUCUUGUCUUACUUUUUUCUGCUAGGCUGAUAUUUGUAGGUAGUUAGGAUGGCUACAGCUAUUUCAAAUUGUGCGUAAUUGAGGUUCUAUGUCAAGAAGGGAACAUGCAAUAUAAAUUAAAACAGGACCAAAGAGGGCUGUAUGAAGGAGCUGCUAGGCCAAAUGAAAGCACUAGGAUUGUACAGCUAUGAAAACCAUUGAUGACGCAAAGAAAGCCAAAAUCUAGAUGUUUCUCAAGCGGUUCCCCUAGUUUUUUGGUCAAUAGCCAUUGGAGGCAGAGGCUGUAGAUAAGUAUCUCUUGGAAAGGCUACUUCCAUCAUAGUAUUUCAAGAAAGGAAGUAUUUUGGGUUGUGCUAUCCUUUUAAAAAAGGGUACAAAAUUGUUGCUAUACAGGGUAUUGUAUUGUGCAUCCUUAUUUACUGUUUCCUCGGAAUAAAAACAGGUUGAAUAUCAGGGCAGUUUCCGCCAGCAUCCUCACUAAUAGGAGCCUAGCAGAUGGAAGGACAAUGAAAUGUGGCUGCAGUGUGUCUUUGGUGCCCAAAAGCUUGGAGCACCCAUGUUCACUUUCUCUUGCACUCAACUGUAAAACAUUGCCUGUCACUCAGCUACAGUUUUAACUUAGCCAUUCAGUUACAGUUGAAUACAGGAGAGUGGUGAAAUUCCAUACUGUGUAGAAAAGCUUUCUUGCAAGGGUCUGUGUUAUGGUCAAGAUGUAGGUCUUCCUCUCCUCUUGGUGGCGGUGGAAGGACAUGUAUCUGAAUUGCCAGCAACACAUUCUAAAGGGAAGGAUGAUGGUAGAAAGCAUCACUCCCACUUUGGUUUGUGCUGCUGGAAGUGCAUUGGACGUAUCCGUCUGAUGGAAUACAUCUGGUUCAGAACAAAUAGCAAUACCUGUUCUGUACAUGGCUGAAAGUGGCAUCAGCGAAUGGAGGAGGGAUCUCAGCAUCAUUUCUAUGCGCGAUGCUCUUUUUAUUAGCAGGACACACUGGUGUGGUCUUCAUACUUUGGCUUAGGUCAACGUAUUCUUAACUGCAAGUUGCCUUGUGUGUUCCCUGUCUCCUGAAGAAGAGUGACAUAGCUGCUAAUGGCCUUUGCUUGAAGGAAGAAAUGAGUGUCUCUGUGUGUGUGUGUGUGUGUGUGUGUCAAUGUGCGUGUGUAAAACUGGAACAAUUUGGCAGAUGUUAGUUGAUCCUUGAUCUGUUUUUCCUCCUUUAUGAGUGUACGUAUCUACAGCUUGUCUUGGUUAUGGGACCACUUUGUACUAGGGUUUUGUUUUGUAGCUGUGUGCUAUACACAGUGCAAACUUUUAUCAUUUAGGUUGUCAUUUCUUAGCUGUUUUUGUAUCUUGCUCUUUGAAUAAAAACAAAUGCCCAUGA